AUGCGCGUUUCUACUCUAGCUGUGGCGCUUUGUACCAGCGCCGCGAUGGCCGCUCCGACGGAGACUCCCGACCUGCACAAUAUCCUCCAAGCCUUCAAUGCCUCCAAAAUUGUACAGGAUGCCGGACCAGUGCUCGAGUCCCUCCUAGUCACGGGCAACUGCAGCGUUCCCGCUUGCUUCCAGCAACUCAUUCCGGCCGUCAAGAGUUGUAAUGCUGCUAUCGUUGGUAGGGGCUCAGACAUUGCUUCUGACCUUCAGUGCGUGAGCAGCGCUAUCGCUGAUUUGGUUCCUACUCAGUCUAACAACUGUGCUGUCUGUGUUGGUGACGCUGUCUCCUCUAUUCGAUCCCAGCUGGAGCAUGGGACUCAACCCCAUUGA